AUGUACGUUCCUCCACGACUUAAACGAACCAGGAAGCCGACUUCUAAAUUACGUGACUCGGUUGCGGUUGCAAAACCUGCCACUGAGAAGCAAAAGCAAAGCCGGCAAAACCGGCCAGACACGCCCCCCAGAACACUCGAAUGCAUAGAGGUAUCCUCUUCUCCAACACCUUCCACCGCAGUACGCAACAACUAUGAUGUGCCCUGUGGGGCAGUAGUCUCUGCCACAGAACAUGAGGAUGCACCUCCUGAAGAAGUAUCCUACACUGAGAUGCCUGAAGUCUUGAGCCAGCUGCCGGAACCAGACAAUUCUAAAGUUUUCGGAUUUUGGCUCCAGGAUCAUAUUGAGGAUAUUUACGCCGAGCAUAGAAGUUUUUGUUUGAAGCAAGAUGAACACGGCCUUCAUCAGAAAACAAAGCUCGGCAUGCUCGAAGUCACUGUCCCAGAGAACGGGCAAGCCAUUCCGUUCGAAGCCAUAUCCGCCAAGCGCCCCAAUUUCCAGAAAGUACAACUCCUACAAGGAGUGCAGUUCAUUUUCUAUUCACCUGAGUCACUGGUUCGAUUUACGAACAUCUUGAUUACCACCCUUUUUUUACCACGCCUUUUGCCCAUCGUGCCAUGGGUUCACCUCAAGCUAGUCAUUUUCGACCCGACUUGUCUUCCUCGAGCACCAGAACUGAUGGCUUGGCAAAAUAUUGGCGUUGACCAAUACUUCCUUGCUUCUUGGGCGUUUGCCUACGAGCAUUAUGAUGAUUGGAUGAAAGCCAUGAAGAGGUUCUGCAAGCUCUCGAUGGUAGCCCUGGUCACUCUGCACUUUUGCUACCCUUAUCGGAACUUCGACAAUCUUCAAUCUCUUUCGAAACCACUCCGAAUAACCGAGAAUCUGGGAUUGUUGAAUAUCGACUUUGAGGUGAGUAACUAG